AUGGAGCUAAUGUACUAUUACAUUCCAGGUCUCUUCACCAUCCUCCUCUUCGUCUUUUUUAAAUCAAAACAGCAUACAUUGAAGAACCAACCUCCAAGCCCGCCUUCACGUCCACUUUUUGGCCACCUUCACCUAGUGAAAGAGCCAGUGAAUCGAACUCUACAAGCCGUUUCUGCCAUGUAUGGUGACAUAUUACUCCUACGAUUUGGAGUUCGAAAGGCCCUUCUCUUAACCUCACCUUCAGCUGUUGAAGAAUGUUUCACCAAAAAUGACAUCAUUUUUGCAAACCGUCCUUUUCGCCUUGCAGCUAAACACCUCAGUUACAAUUACACCACUCUUAGUGUAGCUCCCUAUGGGGACCACUGGCGCAACCUUAGGCGCCUAGCUGCAACAGAGAUUUUUUCUCCUUCUCGCAUUGCUAUGUUCACAAACACACGGAGAAAGGAAGUAAUGUUGUUGUUGAGUGAACUCAUGAAGAAAUGUGAAGUUGGUGGAGGAUUCUGUAAGGUGGAUUUGAAGUCAAAGUUUAUUGAGCUUGCAUUCAACACACUUUCCAUGACUAUUGCUGGAAAAAGGUAUUAUGGGGAGAACGUGGAGGAUGACGAAGAGGCAAGAAAAGUUCAGUUCAUAAUGAGAGAGAUGCUGGUGAUGAGUGGAAACUCAAAUUUAGGCGAUUUCUUGCCAUUUCUUCAAUGGUUUGAUUUCAAAGGCUUAGAGAAAAAGUUUUCGACUUUGAUGAAAAAGCUUGAUGGAUUUAUGCAGGAUCUGGUAGAUGAACGCCGUAGAGUUUUCUUGGCAGCAGAUUGUGUUGCUGAGAAGACAAUGAUUGAUCACUUGUUAUCUCUGCAACAAAAGGAACCUUCUUAUUAUACUGAUGAGCUCAUCAAAGGAAUUGUUAUGGUAUUGAUCAUAGCAGGGACAGAUACAAUGUCAAUAAGCAUGGAGUGGGCAAUGGCUCUUUUACUUAACCAUCCAGAAGCCAUCAAGAAGGUCAAAGCUGAGAUAGACACUCACGUGCCACAGGACCGACUACUAAACGAAGAAGAUGUUCCUAAACUUAGUUACUUACAGAACGUAAUCACGGAGACUCUACGAUUAUAUCCACCUGUUCCAUUUCUAAUACCUCAUCAAAGCUCGGAAGAUUGUAAGGUUGGAGGAUAUGACAUAUCAAAGGGGACAGUGUUGCUAGUAAAUUUGUGGGCAAUUCAGAGGGAUCCUAAGAUAUGGGAGAAUCCAACAGAGUUUAUUCCCGAGAGACACGAAGAAAGGAGAGAGGGCGGGUUCAUGAUGCUCCCAUUUGGAACAGGAAGGCGCGGUUGCCCUGGUGCUGGAAUUGCCAAUAAGGUACUUGGAUUAGUAUUGGGAACAUUGGUUCAGUCUUUUGAGUGGGAAAGAGUAAGUGAAGAAAUGGUGGAUAUGACUGAAGGUAGAGGAUUUAGCAUACCAAAAGUGCAGCCCUUAGAAGGUAUUUGCAAACCUCGACAAGCAACAAUUCAGCAUUCUCUGAUUCCUUCUUAAGCUGGAUUGGACUAUGGAUUUUAAAACCAGCUGCAACAACCUAAUGUGUGACUAAUGUUUCUUAUGCUGUAAUCUUCUUUGUUUUCAUUUGAAUGUUAAUGACCUUUGAAUUAGCA